CAGCUGAUCCUCGGACCGUGGCAUCGGGACUAACCUAGGACUAAACCAGAACCAAGCCAGGGCUUAAACAAGGCUAAAGCAGCCUCAGACCGGGCCGAACCAUGCCGCUGCCGGAGCUGUACUUUAACGCGGAUAACGGGUACUUGGAGGGGCUCGUGCGGGGCUUUAAGGCCGGGAUCCUGAGUCAGGCCGACUACCUGAACCUGGUGCAGUGCGAGACCUUGGAGGACUUAAAGCUGCACCUCCAGAGCACAGACUAUGGCAGCUUCUUGGCCAAUGAAGCGUCUCCUCUGACCGUGUCCGUCAUUGAUGACAAACUGAAGGAGAAGAUGGUGGUGGAGUUCAGACACAUGAGGAACCAAUCGUAUGAGCCGCUGGCCUCCUUCAUGGACUUUAUCACUUACAGUUACAUGAUUGAUAACGUGAUCCUGCUCAUCACUGGGACUCUGCACCAGCGGGCCAUCUCUGAGCUGGUGCCCAAGUGCCACCCUCUGGGCAGCUUCGAGCAGAUGGAGGCAGUCAACAUUGCACAGACCCCCGCUGAACUGUACAAUGCCAUCCUAGUGGACACGCCUCUUGCGGCGUUCUUCCAGGACUGUAUCUCAGAACAGGACCUGGAUGAAAUGAACAUCGAGAUCAUCAGAAACACGCUCUACAAGGCAUACCUUGAAGCCUUCUAUAAGUUCUGCUCAAAUCUUGGCGGAACCACAGCAGACACCAUGUGCCCCAUCCUGGAGUUUGAGGCAGAUCGCAGAGCUUUCAUCAUCACCAUAAACUCGUUUGGGACAGAGCUUUCCAAAGAGGACCGAGCAAAACUCUUCCCUCACUGCGGAAAGCUAUUCCCCGAAGGACUGGCCCAGCUUGCCCGAGCCGACGACUAUGAACAGGUCAAGGCUGUGGCCGACUACUACCCCGAGUACAAGCUUCUGUUCGAGGGUGCAGGCAGUAACCCGGGAGACAAAACUCUGGAGGACCGCUUUUUUGAACAUGAGGUGAAGCUGAACAAACUGGCGUUCCUGAACCAGUUCCAUUUCUCCGUCUUUUAUUCAUAUGUCAAACUGAAGGAGCAGGAGUGUCGCAACAUUGUGUGGAUUGCUGAAUGCAUUGCCCAACGGCACAGGGCCAAGAUCGACAACUACAUCCCCAUAUUCUGAGGAAGUCUAACCCACAACCUCUUACACACACACACACAAACACACACAAUCACACAAACACAACCUGUCUGUUCCCCGCCAUAGGGCCAAGAUCGUCUGCCUGGCAAAUCCAGACUAAUAUGCAUGUGUAUGUUUCAUACAGAGGGAUAUCAGUCUGGUCAACACUCUCUCCAUUGUGUCUGGAGCCAAUAUAAACGUGAUCAUCCAAUCAGAUUUGUUUAUUUUCAGUGACGCAUGUGAAAUGAAGGACCUUAUUGAUCACUUAUUUACAAACAAAAUUAUAUUUCUCUCCUGUCAGAUGAAGAGUUUUUUUGCUCAUUAAGUCUGCAGAAAUCCAUGUUUUUCAGUCCUCCGUGAUAUUUUUGUUUUAUACUUUUUCCUCAUAAAAAUAAAGGACCAUAAACAGCUAUAUUUGUUUUGAAGUGGAUGGACUAUGUGUGUACCUGAUUGGUUAAUCCACCUAUAAAUCGCAUCCAUCUGACCUCAGGGAGAUCACCGGUGACCAGACUCUCAUCUUCACAAACUAUUGGACAAGUAUGUGUUCUGGAUCCCAGGCAGCAAGAUCAAGGGAGUUUAACCCACAACCCAUCUUCAAACUCAUUAUCAGUUCACAUUUCAGUCUUCACCCUAAAGUUCACAUUUCCAGCUCUUCUCAAUAAAGAUUCUCACUGAAGCAUCAAAAGUAUGAAUGACACAUGUGGACUGUUGGAAACAAAAGAUGAACUCAAAAUAACUCAAAGCCUGUUUUAUAUUUAAAAAAAAUACCCUUUACCCUUUGCUUUGAUCACUGGUUUGCACUUUUGACAUUUCUUGACCCUGACAUAGUGAAAACCAUUUCAGGAGACUUCAUCAUGAAGUUCAUUGAGAGAAGGCCAAGGGUUUACAGCACUGCUGACAAAGCAAAGGGUGGAUAUAAAAUAUAUAGAAUAUUUAGUUGAGUUAUUUGCUACAUGAUUCCAGAUAUCUUACUUAUAUUUGAUGUCUUCUGUCUGUAUCUGAAAUGUAGAAAGUCAUAAACGUAAAGUAAAAAACCUUGAACGAGAGGGUGUGUCCAAACUUUACCCUGGUACUGUAUUUGAACUAUAAAACAUGGUUUCCGUCUAAAGUCCCAUCUGUGAUCUGUGCUACGAAGAAAUGCUGUAAAACUGUAUUUUCACAUUCCUUAAAAACAUGGGGCUGUAGUUUGAACUCCAUUUUGCUUUGCUUCGAUGGUGUGGCUCCCUCUCAAGGCUGCCCCAUACAUCGCAUUCAUUUAAAAAGUGAUAAAAGUCAGAUAUUUAUUGUAUUUAAAAGUGGUGUUUUUGCGUCAUGUAAAAUUAUUCUGAAAUUAUAAAAUGUCAAAUGUGUGAAAUAAAUCUGUAAA